UACCUAAAACAUUGUUACAAUAAUCAUCAGUGUACUCAUUGUUUUUUUUUUUUUUUUGUGAAAACCUCACGUUUGUAAAAGUGUAUAAGUAUACCUACAGGACGAAACACAUUCAAAAUGGCUACAAAGUUGAUGGUGUUUGCCGCUUUGUUCGGGCACUUGGCCCUUGCUUACCCGCCCAUUGCGCACAACAGUUACGACGCCGGCCGUCACUACGACCGCGCUGCACCCAAGCCAUAUCAUUUCGAGUACGGUGUGAAAGAUCUUCACACGCACGACAUCAAGAGCCAGCACGAGUUGAGCGACGGUCACGGUAACGUCAGAGGAUCGUACCGUCUCGUGGAACCCGACGGUUCCACCCGCGUGGUCGAGUACACCGCCGACCACGAACACGGUUUCAACGCCGUUGUCAAGAGGAUCGACGCACCCCAUUACCAAGGCGACUACUCUGCACACACAACGGACUACCAUCGGCAACAUAACGAGUCACUCCAUCCGUACGAUCAUUCGUCGUACGACAAGUUUUACUGAAAUUAAAAUUAAAAAAAAAAAAAAGGACGCCGAUUAUACAAAGGGAAAUGCGUUACCAAACAGACGACAGCUAUAGUCACGCUACGGAUUAAUUGCUAUGUGCGUGUCGUGUACGUUUUUUUUUUAUUGAAUAAAACAUCCGCCGUUCUUAUAAUAUAAAAGA